GGAUACACGACAAGCAACCAACACCAUGACGGCACAGCCCUAUGGCACUAUGCACAACUCCAACAACUACCUGCAUCUGGCAGUGUCUCGUGAAGAGCUCAAACCAGGGGACAACCUCAAAGUCAGCUUCCACCUUCGCACAGACCCCGGCCAAGAAGCCAAGAUCCGCUACUACACCUACCUGAUUAUGAACAAAGGGAAGCUACUGAAGGCAGGCCGCCAGGUUCGGGAGCCUGGCCAGGACCUGGUGGUCUUGGCCCUGCCUAUCACCCCAGAUUUCAUUCCUUCCUUCCGCCUGGUGGCUUACUACACCCUGAUUGGAGCCAAUGGCCAGAGGGAGGUGGUGGCAGACUCUGUGUGGGUGGAUGUAAAGGAUUCCUGUAUAGGCACGCUGGUGGUGAAGGGAGACCCGAGAGAUAACCGACAGCCGGCACCUGGGCAGCAAACAACACUCAGGAUCGAGGGAAACCAAGGGGCCCGAGUGGGCCUGGUGGCCGUGGACAAGGGCGUGUUUGUGCUGAACAAGAAGAACAAACUCACACAGAAAAAGAUCUGGGACGUGGUAGAGAAGGCAGACAUCGGCUGCACCCCAGGCAGUGGAAAGGACUAUGCGGGGGUCUUCACAGAUGCAGGACUGGCCUUCAAAACAAAUGAAGGCCUACAGACUGAGCAGAGAACGAAUUCAGAGUGCAUCAAGCCAGCUGCCCGCCGCCGUCGCUCAGUACAGCUGACGGAGAAGAGGAUGGACAAAGCGGGUCAGUACACGGACAAGGGUCUGCGGAAGUGUUGUGAGGAUGGCAUGCGCGAUAUCCCGAUGAGGUUUUCCUGCCAGCGCCGGGCACGCUUCAUCAGCAAGGGGGAGAGCUGUGUGAAGGCUUUUAUAGACUGCUGCAACUACAUCACCGCGCUUCGUCAGAAGCACCAGCGAGACCAAGUGCUGGGCCUGGCCAGGAGUGACAUGGAUGAAGACAUAAUGCCUGAAGAAGAUAUCGUCUCCCGAAGCCAGUUUCCAGAGAGCUGGUUGUGGACCAUAGAGGAGUUGAAGGAACCAGAAAAGAAUGGAAUCUCCACGAAGGUCAUGAACAUCUUUCUCAAAGACUCCAUCACCACCUGGGAGAUUCUGGCAGUGAGCUUGUCAGAUAAGAAAGGGAUCUGUGUGGCGGACCCCUAUGAGAUCACAGUGAUGCAGGAUUUCUUCAUCGACCUGAGGCUGCCCUACUCCGUGGUGCGCAACGAGCAGGUGGAGAUCAGAGCUGUGCUCUUCAACUACCGUGAAAACGAAAAGCUUAAGGUGAGGGUAGAACUGUUGUACAACCCAGCCUUCUGCAGCCUGGUCACCGCCAAGAAACGCUACUACCAGAUGGUUGAAAUCCCUCCCAAGUCCUCCGUGGCAGUGCCUUACGUCAUUGUCCCCUUGAAGAUAGGCCUCCAGGAGGUGGAGGUCAAGGCUGCUGUUUUCGGCCAGUUCAUCAGUGAUGGUGUCAAGAAGACCCUGAAGGUCGUGCCAGAAGGCAUACGAGUCAACAAGACUGUGAUCACCCGUACACUGAAUCCAGAGAAGCUUGGCAAAGAGGGCGUGCAGAGGGAGGAUGUGCCCGCUGCAGACCUCAGUGACCAAGUGCCGGACACGGACUCUGAGACCAGAAUUCUCCUGCAAGGGACCCCAGUGGCUCAGAUGGUCGAGGACGCCGUGGACGCUGAGCGGCUGAAACACCUGAUCGUGACCCCCUCGGGCUGCGGGGAACAGAACAUGAUUGGCAUGACACCCACAGUCAUUGCCGUGCACUACCUAGACCAGACAGAACAGUGGGAGAAGUUCGGCCUGGAGAAGAGGCAGGAGUCUCUGGAGCUCAUCAAGAAAGGGUACACUCAGCAACUGGUCUUCAAACAGCCCAGUUUUGCCUAUGCUGCCUUCAAGGACCGGGCACCCAGCACCUGGCUCACAGCCUAUGUGGUCAAGGUGUUCUCUCUGGCUGCCAACCUCAUUGCCAUCGACUCUCAGGUCCUGUGUGGGGCUGUUAAAUGGCUGAUUCUGGAGAAACAGAAGCCAGAUGGAGUCUUUCAGGAGGACGGACCCGUGAUUCACCAAGAAAUGAUUGGUGGAUUCCGGAACACCAAGGAGGCCGAUGUGUCUCUCACAGCCUUCGUCCUCAUAGCACUGCAGGAAGCCCGAGAAAUCUGUGAGGGGCAGAUCAACAGCCUCCCCGGGAGCAUCAACAAGGCAGGGGAGUACAUCGAAGCCAGUUACCUGAACCUGCAGAGACCAUACACAGUGGCCAUCGCUGGGUAUGCCCUGGCCCUGAUGGGGAAACUGGAGGAGCCUUACCUCAGCAAGUUCCUGAACACAGCCAAAGAUCGGAACCGCUGGGAAGAGCCUGGCCAGCAGCUCUACAAUGUGGAGGCCACGUCCUAUGCCCUCCUGGCCCUGCUGCUGCUGAAAGACUUCGACUCUGUGCCUCCUGUGGUCCGCUGGCUCAAUGAGCAAAGAUACUACGGGGGCGGCUACGGCUCCACACAGGCCACCUUCAUGGUAUUCCAAGCCUUGGCCCAAUACCAAACAGACGUCCCUGACCACAAGGAGUUGAACAUGGAUGUGUCCUUCCACCUUCCCAGCCGCAGCGCCCCAACCAUGUUCCGCCUGCUCUGGGAAACUGGCAGCCUCUUACGAUCAGAAGAGACCAAGCAAAACGAGGCCUUCUCUCUGACAGCCAAAGGGAAAGGUGAAGGCACAUUGUCGGUAGUGACAGUGUAUCAUGCCAAAGCCAAAGGCAAAGCUGCCUGCAAGAAGUUCGACCUCAGGGUCACUAUAGAACCAGCCCCUGACACAGCCAAGAAGCCCGCAGAUGCCAAAAGAACCAUGACCCUUAGCAUCUGUACCAGGUACCUGGGAGAUGUGGAUGCAACCAUGUCCAUCUUGGACAUCUCCAUGAUGACUGGAUUUGUUCCAGACACAAACGACCUGGAUCGGCUGAGCACGGGAGUGGACAGAUACAUCUCCAAGUACGAGAUGAACUCAGCCUUCUCCACCAAGAACACCCUCAUCAUCUACCUCGAAAAGAUCUCACACUCUGAAGAAGAAUGUCUAUCCUUCAACGUUCACCAGUUCUUCAAUGUGGGACUCAUCCAGCCCGGGUCGGUCAAGGUCUACUCCUAUUACAACCUGGAGGAAUCCUGCACCCGGUUUUACCAUAUGGAUAAGGAGGAUGGAAUGCUGAGCAAGCUCUGCCACAACGAAAUGUGCCGUUGUGCUGAGGAGAACUGCUUCAUGCAUCAGGCACAGGAGGUCAGCCUGAACGACCGGCUGGAAAAGGCUUGCGAACCUGGAGUGGACUACGGUGAGUGUGGCUUCCAGUGGGUUUGUCCGACCUUGCAGAGUGAACGACAGGUGGCGUGA